GGAGAGGGGAGAGGAAGGAAGUCCCGCCUCCACUACCACCAGUUCUAGUUUCCGAGCAACAAGUGGAGGGUUUUCACCAGGCCAUACCCAGGUGUGUGACGGGCGUGCCAUUGAAAGGUGCAUAGUGUUUGUGUGUGUGGUGACAGACUGACAGUACCUGCAAGAUGAUGAUGCUGCGGCCACAAGACCUCUCGGAGUAUGAGUUACUCCGGGAACAGAAUAUACAGAAGAGACAACACCUGAUGGCAGCUCUUAUGAGAGACUUCCAGGAGUUCAAGUCUUCAGUGGCUCCACCAAAGCCCGUCAUGAAGGAAGUGAAGGAACCCAACAAAGAGCAGCAGCAGCAGCGGCGGCUCAGUGGUUGUGCCCCCCGGCGACGCAGCAGUAGGAAUAGCAGGUUCCAGCCGUAUCACUCCCCCCCAAGGACCAGAGGACGACGGCAAGCUGCCAACAGUGCACAGUCGGAGUGGGAGCGUCUCAUUCAGGAUGACGAUGCAAACCCUUAUUGGGUUCCCAUAGACGAGGACGACCCCGAGGAGGAGGAGAAGGAACCCCAGCCUCUCUAUGUCAAGUUUCACUUCACUCUGUGCCAACGGACUUCAGACGGCGACUCAGACAAAGGGGAGGAAGAAUCAGAGGAUGAGAUAGAGUGUUUUGUGGAGGACAUGGACGUGACCAAGAUGAGGCCGGCAGACCAGUAUGACUCACUGUACAGCUGUGGCGUGAGGCAGCAGAGCAGGCGCAGCAGUGAAGGUGCAGGGAGUGGCGGCCGGCGGAAAGGAAACCUCAGCUUUGACCCAAAUGUGAAUAUAGUGAUGCCCGAGGACAUCACUCCAGCGGCCCUGAGGAACGUGGCGGAGCGAAGUGGAGGGAAGGUGUACAACGCCUACGUAGGAACCACCUGUCACCAGUGCAGGCAAAAGACUAUAGACACCAAGACAGUGUGUCGCUCUGGAGACUGUUCAGGCGUACGGGGGAUGUUCUGCGGCCCCUGCCUCAAGAACCGCUACGGGGAGGAGGUGAAGGAGGCGCUGCUUGAUCCGCGAUGGAUGUGCCCCCCCUGCCGUGGCCUGUGCAACUGCUCCAUCUGCCGUAACAGGAGUGGGAAGGGCGCCACAGGGAUCCUCAUUAACAUUGCCAGGGCGCGUGGCUUUGACAACGUGAAGGAUUACCUGGAGAGCCUUAUCAAGUAGUGAGCCUCUCGUGUCUUGUUAUGUCAGUUCAUAUUUCUACUUUUGUUUUAUUCUUUUAUUAAAUUUAUCAGAAGUUUCAAGUGCCAUGUUGUGGUAAGGAAGGAAGGAAGAGUUGGUGGCUACUAAGAGUAUAUUGUGAUUAGGUGUUUAUUUGUGUUUUUUUUUUUUUUUUUUUAUUUUAAUCUUCAAAGUGAGUUUUUUUUUUCAAUCAUGUGGGUUUGUAAGAGAAAUGAAAAGGUUCUGUUUUAGUUGACGCUGCUCUGAUUGGAGAAAAUUCAUAGUUUUCUGUGUAAUUUGUUGAAGAGUUCAGUACUGUCGUUAGGAUGUGGAACCUGGAAGUGAAUUGCAGCUUUUGAACAGAGGAAGAACUGGAUUUUAUAGUAACCAAGGGAUACGGACAUGCAACCUCUGUGGGGUAUAAUGGUGUGUGUUGGCUAAUCUUGGCAGGUGAAGGAGGAGGACAUUAGCUUGGUAAAGUACACAUAGAUUAGGUAUAUUGGAAGGAUGUACAAUGUGUUAGAUAAUCUUGGGAAGUGAAGAAGGAGGGACAUUAGCUUAGUAAAGGACACAGAGAUUACAAAUAUUGGAAGGAAGUGCAGUGUGUGUGGAACCUUUCAGAAUUGUAAUGAUUUAGUGAAGUGAAAGCUAGAGUAUGGUGAAGGCUGAAUAAACACUUAAUGAAGAGUACAUAUGAAGAGAAGAAGAGCCCUUGGACAUGCACACAUACAGGUCAGUAACACACUGCCACUCAUAACAUACAGGAAGGUGGAUGCUAGAGGGGUCAAGAUAGCAAUUAAUCAGCAUAGGUAUUAGUGACAAGUGUUUCCUCCCAGCCCUUCCUGGUGGUCAGACUGAGGCCACCACGACCUACACCUCAUUUAUUCACCUUUGUUUGGCAUAUCCUGUGUGUUUAUGUGUGUGUAUAAAGAUUGUCAACCAUGGGAGAUGAUGUGGACCUUCUGGUCUGGUCUGUGGGGCUUGUUUGGCCUGCCAUACACUCAUUUUUAUCAUGCCAGCCAUACCAUAUCACAGCCAUCUCUCAUUUCAGUCAUUUUAGGUAAUUUAGUUUUAUCCCAUAGUACAUUUACAUAGUACAUGAUGUCAGUGAUACUUCUAUCCCUUCAUGUAAUGACCCUUUCACCUCCAUUCCUACUGUUUUUCUCUCCGACAUAUCUCUCUUUUCUGUCUGUCAGUUCAUCCUUUCAUGCUUUUACAGGACUGAAAAUCUAGCCAUUACAAUUUUCAGUUCAGUUCAGGUUCACUGCCUUGGGACAGACAUCAUCACUGCACUUCUUGUCUCUUGUGUGUCUUCAUCUUUAAUAUCUUGGAAAGUGUUGAAUGAUUUUACUUUUUAGUUGAUUGAUUAUUUAGAAAUACUGUACUGUAAACAGUUUUCUUUUAUUACAUAAAGGCCUUAAUAAUGAUAAUCAAUAAUUGUAGUGUUCAUGUUGUCUGAAGUGGUUGUUGACUGUAUGGGUGAGAGUCACUUUAACACACUCUGGAAAGGAGCAAGUGUUGCCAACACUUCAAAACCUGAAAAAGGAUUGUAAGAGAUUGUUAUAGUUUAUAGUGAGUGUGAGGCAUGUUGGGUAUUUCUUUAUUUUCACUAAAUGUAUCCCAUAGAAUUUUAGUGUAGCUAUUGAUUAGAUGUCCCAUGGAAAUGGCUUUAAUUAAUUCCAUUAAGAAUAUAGACAUUGUCAUGUCUCAGCAUGUGAUAGAAAUCGUCAACAGUUUUUAGUGUAUAUAUUGUUGAUUUAUUAAUUUUUGUGUAAUAAAGACAUCAUUUUACAAUUAUAUGAUUUUUAUCAGUAA